AUGGCUUUGAAGACGAAAUUUGGCAAAGCUCCACUUCCUAAAGGGAGAAAUAAGAAGUUUGAUCAUCUUGAUGAGAUAGAGAAUAUGAAGUAUGAAAAAGUAUCUUAUCGCCAGAAAGGUAAGAAUAAUAGCGGUAAAUUGAUCAAAGGAAAUGUAACUAACUCUUAUACGAAGGUGGGCAAUCCAUCUGUACCUUCUAAGUUCGAGACUCAGUUGUUUGAUAAUAACCAAGAAAAUCAAGCUUUUGGCAGCAAAUCUAUCCGCUUUUUUGAGUAUAUUAAUGAAGAUCCAGGCCCUGGGUCUUAUACAGAGGAGAAAUCUAUUAGUUUAAUGGGAAAACCUAAGGAAUCUCAUUCAAAGAAGGGAUUUGGAAAUGGCUUUAUCUCAAAGGUAGAGAGGUUUUCUACUGAUAUUGACUUCCAAGGUUACUUUAUUCCUGAUCCAAGAGCAUAUUCAUCUUCAUUACCUUCAACAAGAGAUGAGAGUCAGACUCAGAAUGAAGUACAAAAGAGAGAAUAUAGUAACAGUUCAUCAGCUUUUAAAGCUGUUGGAAGAGCUGAAAAUGAAAAGAAGACACUAGGGCCAGGUCCAGGAGCUUAUAACAUUCAGAAGCCCAUGAAGAGGUCUUUCUCACAAGCUAAGCCAACUGCAGUCUUCAAGUCUGGAGUGAACAAACUUCAACAAUUAAAGCCUACAACAAAAUGACCACCUGUUGGGCAUUAUGAAGUGGACCCUAACUUAAUUUAUUCUAAGUCUGAAACAACUUUUAAUAUUUUAAAAAGAACAGCUAAUUUCAUGGAUCCCUUGAAUUGCAAAAGAGUCAAGGUUGAUCUCUAUGAUCCAUUCAAACAAAUAGAGGAUGAAAAGAAGAAACUUCCUGGACCUGGGAGUUAUUACAAAAACAAAGAAGACCAACCCCAUAAAGAAAGAAGGAGGGUUAAGAGAUAUAACAAUAAAAUAGAUGGGAAGCAAGUUAUCGUAAUGAGCCAGAAGAAAAUGCAGAGACAACAGGAAAUGACUCCUGGGCCAGGCUCCUAUAUUGAGCCACUUGAUAAGAACAAAUAUUCUGUAGCACCAGUGACAAACAGUAUGUUUAAAUCUGAUUCGCUGAGGGAUAUCUAUAAUCUUAGCGCUUCAAGAGUUCCAGGCCCUGCUUUUUAUAAGAUCCAAAACAAGAAUCCGAAGAGGUCGUUUAAUUAUAAUCCUAAAAGAAAGUGGCUUUAAGUUCAACCAUCCUUUAU